CACCGCGCGGUGGUGUGUGCAGCUGUCCGUGCGCGUCCCGUCGGGUGCCCCCAGGAGAGCGAUGGCCGAGCUGUUUCCUCUGGCCGAGGAGCUGUCGUGCUCCAUCUGCCUGGAGCCCUUCAAGGAGCCCGUCACCACCCCGUGCGGCCACAAUUUCUGCAGGUCAUGCCUAAAUGAGACGUGGGUCGUCCAGGGCCCGCCGUACCGGUGCCCGCAGUGUCGCACCGUGUACCAGGUGCGCCCGCAGCUGCACAAGAACACGGUGCUGUGCGCAGUGGUCGAGCAGUUUCUUCAGGCCGAGCAGGCGCGGACCCCCGUGGACGACUGGAUCCCGCCUACCCGCUCCGCCGCAUCCAGCUCAGACACCCAGGUGUCCUGCGACCACUGCCUGAAGGAGGUCGCGGUGAAGACGUGCCUCGUGUGCAUGGCCUCUUUCUGCCAGGAGCACUUGCGGCCUCACAUCGACAGUCCGGCCUUCCAGGACCACCCCCUGCAGCCACCCGUCCGUGACCUGCUGCGCCGCAAAUGUUCCAGGCACAACCGCCUUCGCGAAAUGUUUUGUCCUGAGCACGGAGAGUGCAUCUGCCAUAUCUGCCUGGUAGAGCACAAGACCUGCUCCCCUACGAUCCUAAGCCAGGCCAGCGCCGACCUGGAGAACAAACUGAGGCAAAAACUCACCAUCAUGUACAGCCACAUCAAUGGAGCGAGCAAAGCACUGGAGGAUGUGAAAUCCAAGCAGCAGAAUGUGCAGGAGUCUAUGAAGAGGAAGAUGCUACAGCUGAGACAGGAAUAUUUGGAAAUGAAGGCUGUCAUCGAUGCCGCAGAGACCAGCUCCACGCACAAGUUGAAGGAGGAGGAGAAGAGAGUCUAUGGAAAGCUCGAUACCAUCUACCAGGUUCUUCUCAAGAAGAAGAACGAGAUGCAGAAUCUGAAGGCAGAGGUUGAGCUCAUCCUGGCCAAAGGGGACGAGUUUGAGUUUCUGGAGAAAGCUGCAAAAUUGCAAGAAGUGUCAACGAAACCAGUCUACAUCCCUAAGAUAGACCUGGACCAUGAUUUGAUAAAGGGGGUCUACCAGGGUGCAUUGGACCUCAAGAGUGAGCUGAAGCUCUCCCUCAAGCAGCUACAGGAAAAGAAGGCUGAGGAGCCCUGCAACUCAGGUAACGUGGGAGACCAUGCGCAGUCCACAUCCAAACCCACACGCCCUGCGAAGAAGACCGCACCGGACAAGAAGACCAAGAAAACCCCUGGUGCUGCGGGUGCUGCCGGUGCUGCCGGUGCUGCUGGUGCUGCCGGUCCUACCUCCUACUCUUCCUCAUCUAACAAGUUGCCCACCUUUGGAGCUCCUGGACAAGCAACUAUCCCUGAUGCCACACUCAAACCCAAUGCUCCACAACCAAACUCGGCAGCCGUCAAGGCUAAGGUGUUAGAAAACUUCUUAACCAUGUCCAGAACAGAGCUUCUGGAAUAUUUCGUUAAAGUCGUCUUCGACUACAAUACCGCCCACAACAAAGUGGCUCUGGCAGACAACUACACCACCGCUUCCGUGGCCGACGGGCUGCAGCACUACCGGUCCCAUCCCCAGAGGUUCACCUACUGCUCUCAGGUCCUGGGGCUGCACUGCUAUAAGAAAGGCAUCCACUACUGGGAGGUGGAGCUGCAGAAGAACAACUUCUGUGGUGUAGGCGUCUGCUAUGGCAGCAUGGAUCGGCAGGGCCCCGAGAGCCGGCUGGGCCGUAACCCCAGCUCAUGGUGUGUGGAGUGGUUCAAUAACAAGAUCUCCGCCUGGCACAACAACGUGGAGAAAACGCUGCCCUCCACCAAGGCCACGCGAGUUGGCGUGCUACUCAACUGUGACCAUGGCUUUGUCAUUUUCUUUGCUGUCACCGAAAAGGUGUAUCUGAUGUACAAGUUCAAGGUGGACUUUACUGAAGCUCUGUACCCAGCCUUUUGGGUGUUCUCUGCGGGUACCACCCUCUCUAUCUGCUCCAAGUAGUCAGGCCGCAAGGCCAGCCACAGACACUUGGGCUUGCUGGGGGAACAUCCAAGACUGGUAAAAGGUGGGGACCCUCCUUUGGAGAACUUCUGAGUCCUUGACAGAUAGGAGAUUGGGAGGAGAGCUGGCGAAGGGGCGGCAAGAAUAAAAGGGGAGAUUGGGCUCAGAAAUGGGUGGGGUGAUUGUCUUGUGGGUGGGGAAGCAUAUCUACCUCAGGCCCAGAGGGCAGGGUGACCUCCUCCCAGUGUUCUGGGAAAUCUCCAGGCUGCUAGUUACUUGGGCAGUGCUUCAGAGAAGAAAAUUAUUUAGUGUUCCUGUUGUCUCACAGAAAAUCUAUAGCUGCUAGCCAUGCUCUUUCCUCGGGUUACAGAUGCCCACCCUAUUCUGCUCUCUGGGGUAGCAGCCCGCAGAUCUUUGUGUUUUGAUCAUGAUCUGGAUUUAAAAAAAAAAAAAA